ACCGGCGCGCGUCUUGACUGUAGGUCGUUUGACGCGUUCAAGAGCUUUCGCUCACUUCAGGUUUGGCUUGUCAGGUUUCCUAAACUUCAAGUUUGUGAUAUCAUUAGCAUUUGUCUUUUGGGUUCGCUAUUGAACGUAGGUCUGUCACAUGCUUUUAUGGGUCGUCGGUUAUUUCCCUGUCAUGUAAUUCCUAAUCUACGAUCUUCACACGUGGUACCGUUUGUACACAGCACAUAGUGCGCUUACUCUAUCAAGAAAGUGUGUCGUUUCGAGCUACAGACCAUCUGCUUUGUGUUCUUAUCUCGUUGAAGGGUAUGUUCAUGGGGCAGUGGCAACCGCGUAAUGAAGAUGGACAUCACAACAGGUUGUCAAGCCUAUGAUACAACGGUAGUGAGUCACAUUAGGCUCAGCAGCCUCCUAAAGUAUGACGGGUUUGUUCAUUAGGCUGAGGUCGUAGUAGCGCACGUUAAUUUCUAACCGCAACCUCGUUGAUGCGCAAACUCUGUGUUAGUCCGUUAUAGAUGGGCGGCAUAUACCUCUUCAGUCGGGCUCGCUUGUCUUUAGUGUCCAUCUGACUUCGAGCAGUGGCGAGACUCUAAUUUGGCAACGACCCUUGAACGAAUCUUAAAUGACCUUGACAAUUAUUAGCCAAUCAGAAGACAGUAUAAAGUGAAAAUAUAUUGUAAGUAAUGAAUUACAGUGGAUAUUCUUUUAAAUGAUUUGAAAACGUGUUAAGGUUUGAUAAAGGUUCAGAGGCUCUGAAUUCAUGAUGUAUAUGGUAUAGAAACUCGUCCAUAGGGUUAGUGGUUAGGGUUGUAGCCUAGGGUUAGGGUUAAGGUUAGGGUCUCGCCGAUCAAUCGUGUAAUUUGUAUAAUGGAUUAGGCUGAGUCAGAGUCGUACGAUACUCAUAAUAAUCUUACUGUCAGGAUUUAACACACCCUAUUCUGAAAUUAACUAAUCAUAAAAACCUGACAUACCAUUUUUACAGACUCCUGAGUGUCAUUUGUCUGUAUGGACUUUGGCUUAUGACGGCUUCUGUUUGGUGUCUAGUAGAUUACGCUAUUGGUCACAAGGUUGCCCCUUUCAUUUGCUGUAGAACACAUAAGAUGGGUUUUCGUCUACAGAUAGUAUUGUUGGUGAUCUUGCUCACUAUUAACUUUUGCUGGUUUCAUUAUCACUAAAUGAGUAUUUUGUGUUCAAUGAAUCCACUUGGGUUAGUUCUUAUUAUGCCCUGGUACGGCCGAGAGUGGGGAGGGUCCGCUAUCCUUCUCGAAAUGCUCUCACAUGGCCACGCGUAUAUAGCCUCUGCCAAGCAAAUCCUACUCACUGCCUUCUCGUGGCGAGAGUGUUGUUUACGAAAAUGAGAGGACGAAAAGCGAAUGUCCGGCGCUUUAACCGGAUUCCAAACCAAUGGUGCACAUGGGCUCCAGUAUCCUGCGAGAACAAAUGGCGUAUGAACCAAUUGUUGGUCACCGGCUUCCAUGGGACUGCAUCUCCAUACGAUUCUCCACUGCCUUUUGGAUCAGACCUUCAGGUCGAAGGCUCCGGGUGUGACCCCCUAAGAAAACCACCUACUGCGGUUUGGACACCCGGGCAGUAUCAUAGCCCUCACAUAUAUCGAAUGAGAUUUGUGUUGCACAUAUGUAUUUGGUGCCUUCUUGUACCAAUAUAUAUGUGUUGAAACAAAAUAAAAAUAAAUAAGUUCUUAUUAUCUUUCAUAUCAUGCUAGCUUGAUAGGGGGCGACCAACAGCUUUUAUCUACUGUGUUAACAGCUGCAUACCAAUUGGUUAAAGGUGUUUUCUCCAAAAAUAGCUAUCAGCGUUUGUUAUUCUAGAAUCCUACUCCGUAGAUCGAUCACUGACUACUUAUUAUCUUGUAUUCAUAUGGUUAUUUAAAAUAUGCUUAUUAAGUUUUAGAACUACGCUUUUCAUUUUCUCAGACUCCUUGUUACGUUAUUUGACCUGGCGAACUGGAAUCCCACACAAGAUUAUUCCUUCACUUCUCUACCAAACAAAACCCGUUAGCCUAUUAAUACAGUUCUUUCAACAUGUUUUUGAGGCCAGAGAGUUUAGGUCUACUUUUCGUGAUACUCAAUAUCUCAUGGUCGGUAGAUCGUGCUAAUUUUAAAACAUGUGACCAGAGCUCGUUCUGUACUCGACAACGACAAAUAAAACCCGGGGGACUUGCGCACAGGUUAGAACCAAGUUCUGUCAAGAUAAACCCACAUGGAAUAACUGCAGUUAUUCACACUGAAGAUCAAAACCAUCAUCUGUCGCUGGAUGUUACCUAUAAUCAACACUCCAUCUUCCGUGUACUCAUUGAUGAAUUGACAGAUGAGUAUAAAAGGUAUCGCGUGCCUACAGGAGACGUUUUGCCAGGCGUUGAAAAGGCCCCUAUCAGGUGUAAAUUUGCUGAUAAUAGUUUAGUGUUGGAUGGACAGUCUGGAUACAAGGCAGUCGUGUAUUAUAACCCUUUUCAUAUCGAUUUUUUCCUGAAUGACAUUGUUGUAGCAUCAGCAAAUAAGAGAAGUCUUUUAAAUUUUGAACAUCAGAGGAAAAAACCGAUUAUCGAUAAAAAUAAGGUAUCUCAAAAUGACAACCAUGCAUUACCAAGUGAAAAUCAUGAGGUUGAUAUUUCUACUGUAAAUAGUUCCGAAGAUUCUUCAGGAAAUACAGAUGUACCAAAAGACUCUACAACCGAUGAAGACAAAGAAGAUGAAAAACAAGAUCAUAUAGAUACAGAGCACACAGUUCCGGAAGAUCAGUCAUGGUCAGAAUAUUUCAAGGAACAUCUUGACACAAGACCUCACGGCUUAAACUCUAUCUCGAUGGAUUUCGACUUUCAGGGAUUCAGUCACGUCUAUGGGAUCCCAGAACAUGCUGAUGGAUUCGUUUUGAAAACUACAAGUGAUGGCGACCCCUACAGACUUUAUAAUCUUGAUGUAUUCGAAUAUGAGGUCCAUAAUAAAAUGGCCUUAUAUGGCUCUGUCCCUGUUAUGUGGGGACACAAUCAAAACAAUACUGUGGGUGUCUUGUGGCUGAAUCCGUCGGAGACAUGGAUCGACAUUGAUCAUUCGAACUCACAAAAUAGCGGAAUAUUUUCAGGUUUCUUUUCGAAGAAACCAGAGAAAUCUUCAGUACAAACGAGAUGGAUAUCUGAGUCCGGCUUAGUAGAUUUAUAUGUGUUUAUGGGUAGUACUCCAUCUGAAGCAAUGCGUUCUUAUGCUAGUGUGGUAGGUACUACCAAGUUACCACCCCUGUUUGCGAUUGGUUAUCAUCAGUGUAGAUGGAACUAUAAUGAUGAAGCUGAUUUACUUUCUGUGGACAAACAUUUUGAUGAAUAUGAAAUGCCUGUUGAUGUUUUGUGGUUAGACAUUGAACACACUGAUGGAAAACGUUAUUUUACUUGGGAUAGAACUAAAUUUCCAAAUCCAAAAGAAAUGGUUGAUAAACUGAAUGUUAAAGGUCGAAAGCUCGUUACGGUUGUUGACCCUCACAUUAAGCGUGACUCCAAUUGGCCUUUAUUCAGUAAUUCCCAAAAUAAUGGGAUUUUCGUCAAAACUAGAGAUGGGACCGAAUUCGAUGGUUGGUGUUGGCCUGGAUCUAGUGCGUGGCCUGAUUUCACUGAUAAAUCUGUUCAGCAGUGGUGGUCAAAUCUAUUCCUUACUUAUGAACCUGUUUGCAAAGAUUCCAUGUUUACCUGGAAUGAUAUGGGUGAACCAUCAGUUUUUAAUGGUCCUGAAGUCACUAUGCAUAAAGAUGCUAAGCAUGCAGGUAAUUGGGAGCAUCGUGAUAUACAUAACUUAUAUGGGUUAUACGUACAUAAGUCAACUUGGGAUGGACUCAUGUUGAGGUCGAACGGCGUAGAACGUCCUUUUGUGUUGACCCGUGCGUUUUUUGUUGGUUCACAACAGACAGCAGCUGUUUGGACUGGAGACAAUACUGCUGAUUGGUCACACUUAAAGAUUUCAACUUCUAUGCUUCUCAGCAUAUCAGUCGUAGGGAUAACCCUAUGUGGAGCUGACGUGGGAGGUUUUUUUGGCAAUACAGAUUCUGAGUUAUUGACAAGAUGGUAUCAGGCGGCUGCUUAUCAACCUUUCUUCAGAGCUCAUGCACACAUAGAUAGCAAACGCCGUGAACCUUGGCUAGUGGCGUCGGAAUAUAUUGAUCCCAUUCGGUAAGUGCAAUAUUCCUCCUGGUUUAAUACAAUGACUUCUUUGUACGAAGAAUAUGAGACGUGCUUUGUGUGGAAAUGAUAACAUUGAUCAGCCUUCCAGACUAAAGUAGUUGGUGUAGAUUUUAAAUUUAUCGAAACCAUUCACUUGCACUUUCAUCAUUGUAUUUAGUGGUAUUUCCCAUGUCUUUUAAGAACACAAAAACAGAAAUCCAGCUAACAGGUCAAAGUGUACCAAUGAACCGGGAAAAGCACAAGAGAAAGAAACUGUAUCCUAAAAGAAUAGUUAGUUGUUCGGGAUAUAUAUCAAAAGGUGUUUAACCCACUCCAUUCAACUGUAUUUCAUACCAUCUGAAAUCCUAUAUCUUCUGGCUCAUAUACCCAAACGACCUCAUCGCUUUUGUGAUGUGCUCACCUUAACUGAUUCAUCCUGUUAACCUAUAAUACAUAUCUAAGGUUUAAUUGACGCAAAGUUGAGAUACUGUAAGUUUUUGCAUAUAGUUCAAGAUUUCUAGAGAUAAUACAUGACAGUAUGAAAGAUUGCGCAAAUUGUAAUUCGUAAGUUUCAUGGAUUUUGCAACUGAACUUAGAUUUUUCUAGACCAUUGAGUACUCAAGAGAAACUUGUCAUGUUUCAAUACAUUCGUCGCUAUACCCCCCCAUGCUAUAUCCGAGCGAAGAUUAAAUCACGAGUAACUUCUGAGACAUUAAUUGACUAAGAUUAUCUACACAUUCUCAUGGUAUAGUCAUUCAAUAAUUAGAUUAUGUAUAUUUAUAUUCCUCUUAUUAUAAGCUUCAUUUUGACCUAUAAUUUAUUAUUAUACGAUUUACUGUCCCUAAAUUAUGCUCAGUUUAUUAACUACUGUCUCCCACGUUCACAGUCACUUUUUGGCUUUAUUGUGUACAAAUGUUAUUUCAUAUUUUAUGGUGCGUUGCGGUCUGUUUGAUUGAUAUAUAAACCCAGUAUGUCUGAAAUAAAUUAUUUGAUUCUCAUAUCGGAAGCUGGUAUUGUUGUUCUGGACUCAAGUGGGCGGGCUAGGCGGACAUAAGACCAAUAAGGACGCUAGACUGCCCUUACCGGUUGAACGUCAUUGAUUUGGCACAGUGCUAAGAUUGUGUAAGUCGUAUUUUGAUUAGUGGAUAAAUCACGUGAUAAAGGCCGGACAUAAAGUCACAACACCCCACCUUUAAACUGUCAUCAAUUUUCUACCGUACACUUUGCACAGAAACUGUUAUCGCUUAGUGAGAUCAUCUUAAGAAAUAAGUAUUCUGCAGUUUCCAUCGAACAGAUUAGCUUAAUAUCCUGACUGUUGACUAAGGUACGAUCACGAAAUGGGGUUCAUUUAAUUGGAAACUAGCAUGUCUUAAUUGAUUCUAUGUUUAGGUAAAUUAAAACCACUAGUGUACUUUGUUAUUAUCACACCAAGGUUUUAGUGUGGUCUAAAUGUCUUUUAGUUCAAAGGUCUAACCAUUUACCUCGAUAGUAUUGUUUUCAUGAUAUUAUCUAUUAUAAGCUCAUUAGGGUAAACAAUCCAGCUUUUACAUUCUUGGACAGCGUAGCGCACAGACGUAAUUUAUUUAGUAUAAAUAAUUAAAACAAAGUGGAGAGAAUUCAUUGAGCUUCUUAAUGCUUUCUUCCAGUGUAAAAUAUGUGUAGCGAGACUCUUCCGGCGACUUAUUUCACAGUUAUAACUUUUUGACUGUGUCGUUGGAAAUGCUUUUGCAUGAAAUACUUGGUUUAAAUCGUCCCCACAUACAUUGCGCUAUAGCUGACGAUGACAUGAAAAUUUACCCGACUAAAAGAAAUUCAAACUUGUAGUAGGGUUUGGCAGCGAAUUUCGAACCUUUUAUCAUUAUGGUCCAAGCACUCAGGAUAACAUUAAAGCAACUACUUUAAAUUUAUUGGUCACACUCGUCGCCGUAUUAAUCAACAAUUUUUCACGUCCUCGCUCUUUGCACUCAUUAAACCUGUAGCUCAAUAAUAUUAAUGAUUUUAAAAUUGGCAUAAUCGGCCAUUAUUGUUUUAAUAUGGAUAUGAAAGCUAAUAAUUUGUUCAUUGAUUAACAUUUUAAUGAUAAUAAGGUAUAGUAAUUAUCCUAUCACUAGUUCAAGUCUGAGUCCGGACAUGGUUACAACUUUAGAUAGUUUGUUUCUCAUCAUAUUUGGGCCAGAACCGUGUGCACCUAACCAUAUAUUUUGAGUUUAUGUUGAUUAUUGAAAUACUCUUAUAUGUAGCCAGAUGUUUUUCAACUUUUGAUAAUAAAAUGAUCGCUUUUAUUUCACAGAAAGGCAAUACAAGCUCGCUAUCAAUUACUUCCAUACUGGUAUACAUUGUUUGCUCGUUCGGAAGCAAACGGUCAACCAGUUAUGGCACCAAUGUGGUUUCAUUUUCCUAAAGAUGUGAAUACGUAUGGUUUGGAUGAUCAAUAUAUGAUUGGAGAAGCUGUGCUUGUGAGUCCUGUCACUGAUCAAGGUGCUGGCUAUGUGCAGUUAUAUUUUCCAAAGGGAACAUGGUAUCAUUAUCCAUCGCUUGAGGUAUUUGCAGGUGGACAGUCGACACAAUAUCCAGUAACGAUAAAUUCCAUACCUGUAUUUUAUCGAGGUGGGUGGAUUAUACCACGAAAAGAGCGUAUACGUCGUUCUUCAUGGCUUAUGCGUAGUGAUCCCUAUACAUUUGUUGUUUGUUUGGACCCUCAGAAGCCUGAUGCCGUUGGUUAUAUAUACAUAGAUGAUUUCCAUUCAACUUCUAAAUCAAAUGCCCAGUUUUUCAAAAUUAUUUACCAACGAGUUGUCGACCCAACGGGUGCAGGUGUGCAUGGUGGACGAUUGCGCUUACAACGUUUACCAUUACCAGGGGAAACUUCCAUAUUACUACCUGAAGAUGAUGUUUUUAUACCGAAAAUUGAACGCUUUGUUAUUGUUGGGUUCAGUAGUCCCUUGGAAAGAAUUACUGUGAUCGAUGCCCAUAAACCACGAAGAAAUAUAGGGUUUUCCAUUACUCCGUCCUCUGCUGGUUUUAAACACGUACCACGCAUUGUCGUUGUUCGUAAACCUGAUCUUCCAUUAAAUGAUGAAUGGGAAGUGCAUUUUGUCACAGGGAAAGAAUCCAGGGAUGAUUUGUAAAUGAUAGUUGAUAUCAAUCCUAUUUCUUCAACAUAGUACUCUCAUGUGUAUAUGAUUUGGCUCCAAGUUAUCUUGUUUUCUGAAACACUUGCUCAGUUUUAAUUUUUACAUCAUUUUUCUCCAUCUCUUCAAAUGUGACGUGUACUCUUACCUGUCUGUUUGUUUUCUUUUCACUUGUCGUCUCGUUUUUUCCUGUUUUUAGCGCAUCUUUCUCAGUUCCCUUUUUCUAUUUUGUCAUUGUGUCUAUGUUUGAAUGUAAACAAAGAAUUUUCUCAUUGCUUUUAUGUAUGUUUUUAUUUUAAAAAGUGAAUUUGUUUAGUUAAGAUAGAAACCUUUUUGAAUUUAUAAUGGGAUCGUC